AUGGAAGAAACCGUCAUGGAAAUCAUCCAGUGUAUUUCACAAAUUCAUGCGAACCCUCCGUUCCCCGAACACUACAUUUCCUUACGCUCAUAUGGUGCAACAUGUAAUCUUCGCAAUAUCAAUUUUGAGACGGCCGUAUCGAUCUCCCAAUACUUUCCUCCCUUAGAAUCCUUCAGUUUAAGAAUAAGUUCGUACCAAGGAUUUGAUCAUUUUGCGAAAUUGUGGGUUCAGGGUCAACACUAUUUACGUCAUCUGGAACUGGAUUCUGCACGUGGUUUGUCAGAUGACUCAUUUCUUCCAAUAGCAAAGUACUGUCAUCAGUUGGAGUCGGUGGAGUUGAAAUAUUGUACAAACCUCACGGACGUUUCAGUCUCGGCCUUGGCAAGAUGUCGUAACUCGAGCCUAAAGAAAUUUACCAUAUUAAACUGCGAUCAACUCACUGACCUUGGAAUCUCGGAAUUAUCGGAACACUGUCCGAACCUGACCCGAGUCACAAUCGUCGGAUGUCUAAAUAUUACUCAUGUCUCACUUUCCAAAAUCACCGAGAGGUGUCAGGGUUUAGUAGAAUUUGCCUUCACCAAUCGUCCGAGGAUGACUCCUGCUGUGGUGAUGGCAUUGGUAAAGCAUGAAAGGCGUAUGCUAGAAAUAUUGGAUAUUAGGUCUGAUAAUCUUGCCACGGCUGACACUACUGUGAAACAACCUUAUCCAAAAUUCGACCUGGCCUUGGUGGAAAAACUGGCUUCAACUUGCCCUUCUAUCAAAAGCCUGGGGUUAAGGUUCAAUAUGGUGGGAUUGGACUCGGAUGAGUUAAUCAGUUCAAUACAUAAAUUUCAAAACCUGGAAAUAAUAUGUAUAGGCAAUAGCAACAACAAAUUAUUCGAACGCGAACACAUAAAACAACUAGAAACCCAUCGCAGAUUAAAAGAGGUUAGGUUUGUUGGCAGUGGUGGUGGUGGGAUGGGAUGGGAUGAAGUGUUAAGUCAAGACGCGAAGAUUUACUUGGCUCAUAGGAAGAGCAAAGAGAAAU